AUGGCCAACGUCACCACAGUGACGGCAUUCCUGCUCCUGGGGUUCUCAGAGGUCCAGGAGCUGCAGCUGGUCCAUGCCAUGCUGUUCCUCUUGGUCUACCUGGCGGCCCUGGUGGGGAAUCUCCUCAUCGUCACCAUCACCAACCUAGGCUGGUGCCUCCACACCCCCAUGUACUUCUUCCUCAGGCACCUGUCCGUCCUCGACCUCUGCCUCAUCUCCAUCACUGUCCCUAAAUCCAUCCACAACUCCCUGAUUAAUGACAGAUCCAUCUCUUUCCUGGGCUGUGUCCUCCAGGUUUUUUUUGCUCUUUCAUCAGUAUUUACAGAACUGGUCAUCCUCACAGUGAUGUCCUACAACCGAUAUGUGGCCAUCUCCCACCCCCUGCACUAUGAGGUCGUCAUGAAUCGAGGGGCCUGUGUGAAGAUGACCACCGCCUCAUGGCUGAGCUGGGUGCUGUCUGCUGCAUUACACACAGCCAGCACCUUCUCCUUCUCUUUCUGUGGGUCCAACGUUGUAGGCCAGUUCUUCUGUGACAUCCCCCAGUUACUCACCAUCUCCUGCUCUCCUGACCUCCUCAGCGAGGUGGUGCCCAUCUGCGUCAAUGUGGCUUUCGACUUCUGCUGUUUCAUUGGCAUCAUUGUCUCCUACAUCCAUAUCAUGGCAACCGUGCUGAGGAUGCCGGCAACAGAAGGCUGGAACAAAGCCUUCUCUACCUGCCUGCCCCACCUCAUCAUCAUCACCAUUUCCCUCUCCACUGGGUUCUUUGCCUACCUCAAGGCCCCCUUGGACUCCCCCUCAGUUAUGGACCUUCUGCUGUCUAUGUUUUACACAGUGGUGCCCCCCACCCUAAAACCCCUCAUCUACAGCCUGAGGAACAGGGACCUGAAGGUCACAAUGGGAAAAUUCUUAAAGGGGAAAUUUUGCACAAGAGAGAAGUCUGGUUUGAAGGGAGCAACUCCUUUCUUGAUUGCAAGAUUCUGUGCUGGUGGAGAGAUUCAGAUCUCCAAGGAAAUGAGCAAUCACACGACAGUGACGGAAUUCCUCCUUCUGGGGUUCUUGGAGGUCCGGGAGCUGCAGCUGGUCCAUGCCACCCUGUUCCUCCUGAACUACCUGGUGGCCCUGAUGGGAAAUCUCCUCAUCAUCACCGUCACUGCCCUUGACCGGCACCUCCACACCCCCAUUCCAUCUCUUCUGUUGGCUCUGGACGUUUUCCUCAUGGUGAUCUGCUCCACCCCUUAA